GGGCGGACAAAAGGAGAGGGAGGCUGAACAUGACAUGUUUGUGAACCAAAUGGACCCUCUCCCCAUUUUUUUUUUGAUUGAGGUAUCUUGCUCAAUCAUCCCACAUGCCAACCCACUCCUAUCCUUUGACUUUUGAGGCUAAGUUAAGGCCAAGAUAACAUUUCCCCAGCUCCCAUUCGAACUCCCCAAGAUAAGAGGGAAGAAGAGAGCCACACAACCUAAAAGAGCAAGGAGAAAGCAAACUGCCCGCAGGUUUCUCCUCCAGUGAAAGGGUUACUUGUUUGUUUCAUAUCUCGAGUUAUACACAUCCAAAUAAGGCGUACGAGAUACCAACAGAAAGCUCUCAAGACGAGGAAUCCGUGAAGGUCUGGUUUGCAUCAAUCGGAGUAGUGGAAGGCUUCCAAAUUGACCGAGCAAAACACGACCUCGCAGGAAACGCUUUUGUAGUCAAAGAAUCGAGUUAGCCGGAAAACACCCGUUCUAGGGGCUGUUUUCGUAUCAACGAUUCGGGGUUGAAAUAGCAACUUGAGGAGGCUGUUUAGAACCCAUUUUCAAGCAAGGAACUAGUUCCCAAUCUUCCUUGGCCGAGGCUUUGGUCAUUGGAUCGAGAAGGGAGGUUUUAAAGCUCAUUUGAGGUUGAGGCUAGAGCUUGCUUCCUGUGCUCGUUGCUCGAGAGAUCAUAUAGGAGGGAAGACUUGGUUCGUGCUUCCUCCAUUCUGUUUUUAAACAUUAACAAACAUGCUCAUGGGUAUUUUACUAUAGAGCCUGCGUGCUCAUGAAUAGCCCGGCGUGGCCUUUUUGUUUUAAACAAUGUUUUCCGCUGCAUUAUGAAUUACUUAUUAUGUUUGUUUAUGGAUGUAUAUGUGUGAAUGAUAUUCAAGACGCCUUGUAUAAUAUGAAUGUGUUGGACUGCGGUUGACUAUUCGUAUUGUACGACGGGUUGUUGACGUGUCCGGAUAGGUCCGGGGCGUGACAGAUAAAGUGAAGGUAAAAAACUAUAUAGUGAUACAUGACCUUACUAAAAAAAGUAUGGAGGUAUUCAGAACCUCAUGAAACACAAUGAGCAGUUAUAUAGCUUUGGAAAUACUCCAACUGGUGGUGUGGCUCUACCAUUUAUAUUGGUUCAGGUAGAGACGUAGAGUUGUAUUUUUUCAUUCUGUUUUUAAUUUUAAUUUUGCAGGUUUAGUCAUUGGCAUCAUUGUAUUAGGCAUCAUUGGUGUUGGAAAUUCAGCCCGGUUAAAUGUCAGGUUUGUAAAGGAGGCAAUGAAUCGACCCUGCACUUGUUUUGGAACUGCCCUCUAGCACAAGAAGUCUGAAAAACUUUGGUUUGAGCCUGCCAAGAAUGUGGACAGAUCUGUUGCAAUGGAUUGGGAAGAUUUUUAACACUUUAUCAAAGGAGAAAAGUUGCAGGUUUGUUAUGUUACUAUGGGGCUUAUGGAAGAACAUAAAUGAUACUGUCUGGAAUGGAAAUUGUGGUUCUACCAGGGGAGUGAAGUGCAUGGCAGAAGCUCUACUUAUGGGAUGGCAAGCUUCACAAGAAAAGGGAAGGAAAGGGGUUGUCCAUGUGCCUUCACAGGGGGUUGUUAGAUGGACAAGUUACAGGGGAAAUCUUUCCAACUUAAACUUGAAAGAAUUCACUUUGAUGCUUUGUUUGUUUAUCGGUUUUUUCUUUUAUGUGUUCGGAUUAUUUUCCCUUCUAUAAUCACACGUUUAGCACUUUAGAACACAGUUUGUAACCCUUGUUUCUUUAGUCUUGCAGAAUACUACUUUCGAUUUUAAAACAGAUUUAUUAUGAAUUCUAUUUUGAAUAG